AUGGUCAUUAUGCACAUUGGAGGGUAUAAGACGAGGUUGUCUGACAUACCUCCAGCACCAUCUCCUCUCGCCUCACCUACAAUGUUACAAACACCUCGAACUAGAACGCGGUCUUCAAGUCCCUCAUCUUCUGGACGCUCUAGCCCUGUCAGCGAGGCCUUCUCUGGCUUCAGCUCAGACUCGGACGUAUCGAGCUCCAACACUUCCACUUCCUCCGUCUUCGGCCCUUCGUGCACCCGACAUGAUCGUCUCGGUGCUUGGUUCCUUGGACCCAAGGCUGAAAAUAUUAACUUCUUGAAAACAUUUUUGAACUCGGUUGCGGACAGCACCGAGCAUGCUCGUCUUGCGUACCAGCCCGAUGAUCCCAAAUUCAUUGGACCCGAAAUGCAAGCUUCUGCCGUAUUUCAGAAGGAGAUGUCCGAGCUCGAUAUUGCGCUCAAACAGCUCGUCGGCGCCCUCUCCGAACAUUCGAUUCCGUUCUGGUCCCCCCGCUACAAUGCUCACAUGAACGGCGACACAUCUCUCCCUGGUAUGCUAGGCUAUCUCGCAGCGGCUCUCUUCAACCCAAACAACGUGUGCACCGAGUCGAGCCCUCUGACGAGCGUGAUCGAGCGCGAUGUGGGCUUGCAAUUGUGCCAGAUGUUGGGGUAUGAUAUCUCCAAUACCGAAAGCUCCAAACCAUGGGGGCAUAUCGUCUGCGGUGGCUCUGUAGCCAACCUCGAGUCUAUGUGGGCCGCAAGGAACAUGAAAUUCUACCCAGUCUCGCUCGCCUGUGCCAUGGAGCUAGGCUCGCCGCUCGAUUUCAUCCGCGACGAUUUCAAUAUUGAGCUUUGCAACGGAGAGACCAAGUUGUUCUCUGAAGCGAGCGCUUGGGAAUUAAUGAACCUCAAGCCUGAAACGGUUUUCGAGAUCCCAGAGCGACUACAGAACGAGUAUGCCAUUUCGGCAGGGGCGCUGAGUGCUGCUCUUGGGCCAUACUUGAUCCAAACAUGCGGCAAAGAUGUAUUGGAAGAGAAAUUCUCCUUGAAGCCAAGCAAAUAUUUCGUUGGAACAACCAAGCAUUACUCGUGGCCAAAAGGCGCAGCCGUGACAGGUAUCGGCUCCGAGCAUAUCAUUGACGUCCCGGUCGAUAUCGAUGCGCGCAUGUCUAUCCCCAAGCUCGACGAGCAGCUCCACCAGUGCCUCAUCACCCGCACCCCAGUAUACGCCGUCGUCGCCAUCAUGGGCUCCACCGAGCACGGCGCAGUCGACCCCAUCAAAGGCGUCGUCCAGCUCAGGUCCAAGUACCAGGCCCUCGGUCUCUCCUUUGCCGUCCACGCAGACGCAGCAUGGGGCGGGUACUACGCCUCGUUCCUUCACGAGCCUGACGUUCCUCAGCCCAACGGAUCGAUUGUGCCCGAGCAAGCCCUCAGCGACUACACCCGGUCUCAGCUCGAGUACCUGCGGUUCGCCGACUCGAUCACCAUCGACCCGCACAAGUCUGGCUACAUCCCGUACCCGGCCGGUGGCCUGUGCUACCGGGACGGGCGGAUGCGGUACCUUGUGACGUGGACGAACCCGAACGUGUACAAGGACUCGGACGGGACGGAGAGCAUGGGAGUGUACGGGAUCGAAGGAAGCAAGCCGGGUGCGAGCGCUGUGGGUGCGUGGCUGUCGCAUCGGAUGAUCGGGCUGCACAAGCACGGGUACGGGUCGCUGCUUGGAGAGUCGCUGUUCAGCUGCACCAAGAUCUACACGCACUGGGCGACGAUGGACAUGGACGACUCGUCGCUGAUCGUGGUGCCGCUCAAGGCGAUCCCUGCUGAGCGCCAGCAGCUGGGACAGGACGCGAUCCGGAAGCAGCGAGAGUACAUCCGAGACACGAUCGUGAACCGACCGAACGAGGAGCUGGUGCAAGACGCCAAGGCGAUGUCGCUGCUGCACGAGAUGGUGUCGGACCUGUCGAUCAACGCGUUCGCAUGCAACUUCCGGCUUCCGAACGGCGAGGUGAACUCGGACGUGGUGGAGGCGAACUACCUGAACACUCGGAUCUACGAGCGACUGAGCGUGACGAAGGUGGAAGACAACAUAUACGACAAGCCGCUGUUCAUCCAGUCGAGCCAGAUGGACCAGAAGACGUACGGGGUGUGCGCGGAGGUGUUCAAGUCGCGGCUGGGAGUGGUCGGGGAGCAGGACCUGGACAUACUUGUGAACUGCGUGAUGAGUCCGUUCCCGACUGUGGCGAACUUUACGAAGAGCGUGACGGAUGCGUUCAAGCGGAUCGCGCACGAGGAGAUCAAGACGUGUAUCUUCAGGAACACUGUGACUGCAGCAGACUACAAGUUUGUUGUGCAAGGGACUGACAAGAUGUACCUGACGAUGCUGCCGAUGUUUAACCAUGCGAACUACCGGCAUCAGCUGAUUGUGUCGUGCGAUGUGCCGUUGGAUGUGAUGGAGAGGUACCGGGAAGCGAAGGCUGAAGACCCGUCUGCAGUGUUCAUGCUUUCGACAGCCUCUCCCGUGGAGUUGACGAGUAUCUUGGCUGGUUCGUUCAAGGCUGUCCUGCACAAGAGGUCAGAUAAUGGAGUCGAGCUUUCGUUUGGCUCUUCAUUCGAGGCUUCCAAUAUUCAAGUAAUUAAGAACAAGCGACUGGAUUCCAAGUACCUUGACCUCUCCUACUCCGACGAGAUGUACUUCUAUCUCUACGGCACUCCCACUCAGCAACACAUCGAGCAUAUCCUCGUCGCGUCGAAGAACGUGCAACUGACUUCGGACCAGGUGUCGCUUGAUCUGACCGAAGGGUCGAUCUCGGAAGACGACCUCGCUCAUGGUGUGAUUGUACGCAUGGAUCGCCUUCGCGAGAGCGUCGUCCUUCCUGUCCUUCCUCCCCAUACUCCUGCUUUCUUCAAGUCUGGUGCCGAACAGAAGAUCACCGUGUUUAGGGACCCACAUGCUCGCGAGAAGUCCGGACCUGGCCUCACUGAGGCAUACGCAUCCGUUUCGCCGAUCGCGAGCGGAACUAUCAAGCUUGGCUCCAUGGUCUAUACGGACUCUGUUGAUUUGAACAUGAACCCGCUACCGAAAGGCGUCGAACGCCCCAAGAAGAAGGACGUAAGCCGAAUGUCUCUCGCUGAGCGCCUCGAUGCAGCUCGUGCCAACAUUUCACCUCAACGCCCUUCACCCAAGCCACUUGCCAAUAAGCCCCGGGUGGUCAAUAUUGAUCACCAUGCAUUAAUGGCUCCAAUAGUCAAGACUGGCUUCGAUGUGUUUGUAUUCGCCAUGGUAGCUUUGAUUGCGUUGGUCUCGGCCACGUAUAUUUCAUUCUAG